CUAGCACAACUGUAACAACCACUACCGCUACUACCGCCUUGACAACUACUGCCACUAUUAACUGUAGAUAGUACAGCUACUACAGCCGCUGCUAAUACAACCGCUACUAAGUGUUGCUCUGCAUGUAGAUGUGAAGAAGCUGCGCUCGCUGCUGGUGUGUUUUCAGUUUUGUCUUCCUCUCUGUCUUACACACUUCCAAGUGUGUCUUCCUAUUAUCUCUUUCUCUCCUUCUGUCUGUCCUUCUCUCUAUCACUUCUCCUCCUCUAUUUCUAUAUAUCUGUCUCUCUUUCCUCUCUCUAUACAUAAUAAUAUUAUAUAUAUAUAUAUAUAUAUAUAUAUAUAUAUAUAUAUAUAUAUAUAUAUAUAUAUAUAUAUAUACAUAUAUCUAUAUAUAUUAUUUCUUUCAUUCUAUCUUCCUAUCUUCUCAGUCUGAUAUUUUUCCUUACUCUUCAAUCAUCCCCUUCGACAUCUCUGUGAUUCCCCUGGAUUAUGCACUAAAUCUCAGGAAGAUUUACCAAGAAGAAGAAAUAUUUUUUCCUUAAGAAUCGGCUUCCUAAGAAAUCUGUCCAAAUGGAAAUGACAAAGAUGGGAUCCUCGAUGGGUGAGGGUACGGAAAGGCCGCACAAACUUUACGAAAACUCGGACGAAUAUGAAGAAAAGACAAUGUAUGGAUUAAAACUGGAUGCUUUGACAUCAAAAAUUAAAACACCUCAAUUUAUUUACAUUUUAACUUUCUUUUCGGGCCUCGGAGGAUUCCUUUUUGGUUACGAUACCGGGGUUAUAUCUGGCGCCAUGAUCCUGCUACGGAAUACUUUUCUACUGUCGUCUGUAUGGCAAGAAUUGAUUGUCAGUGUGACCAUUGCUGGGGCUGCCGUUUUUGCUAUUGUCGGAGGUCUCUUGAACGACCGCAUCGGACGGCGCCCCACCAUCAUGAUUGCUAGUGUUGUCUUCACUACCGGAGCUAUAUGUAUGGGUAUGGCCCCUGACAAAUAUGUUCUGUUGUGUGGUCGGAUUAUCGUCGGUGCUGGAAUAGGUCUAGUGUCAAUGACAAUUCCAGUCUACCUAGCGGAAUGUGCUCCUAGUCAUGUCCGUGGAAGAAUUGUAUCAACCAACAUAGCCAUGGUGGCUGGUGGACAGUUUUUUGCAAAUGUCAUAGAUGGAAUAUUUGGUUUUAAUGAAGAAACUGGCUGGAGAUAUAUGCUGGGCCUGGCUGGAAUUCCUUCUGCCAUUCAGUUUAUUGGGUUCAUAUUUAUGCCAGAAUCUCCACGUUGGUUGAUUACUCGAAACAGAGACGAUGAAGCAAGACUGGUCCUACAAAAGAUGAGAGGUUAUCGAGAUAUUGAGGAAGAACUAGAAAAUAUUAAAAUCAGUUGCCAUGAGGCAGAGCUGCAGGAAAAGACAAUUGCAGGUAAAAAUCCAAUAAUACUACAGAUGAUACAGACACCAUCAGUACGUCGAGCACUCAUUGUUGGUUGCAGCUUACAACUUAUACAACAAGUAGCUGGUAUCAAUACAGUCAUGUACUACAGUGCUACAAUUAUCCGUAUGUCUGGUGUGAAGAGUGAUGAAGCUGCCAUUUGGUUGUCUGCAGUGACGGCAGCAGUAAACUUCUGCUUCACUCUUGUUGGUUUGUACUUAGUGGAAAAAAUUGGGCGCAGAGCUCUAACUCUCGGCAGUUUGCUGGGUGCUGUGAUCAGUUUAGCAUGGCUGGCUGUUGGUUUCUAUUUAUCUUCUGAAAACACUCCAGCUGUUAAUUUUGUUGAACCUGUAGCAGUGGAUACCACUUGCGCUGUACACAAAAACUGUAACCAGUGCAUGCGUGACUUAUACUGUGGUUAUUGCUACAUGGAUACUUUCCGAGGCUCAGUCAAUAGCUCUUGUUUACCAGCAGAUUAUGAUAACCCUUGGUUAUCAACCAAAGGCCGCUGCAAUUCUACCUACUUACCUGGGAAACUUACCUGGGCCUAUGACUACUGUCCUACACCAUAUGCCUGGAUGCCAAUGGUUGGAUUAGUUCUUUAUCUUGUUUUCUUUGCUCCAGGAAUGGGUCCUAUGCCAUGGACCAUUAAUUCUGAGAUCUACCCAUUGUGGGCACGAAGUACUGGCAAUGCAGCAGGCACUUUUACUAACUGGUUUACCAAUUUGAUUGUGUCAAUGUCUUUCCUUAGUCUGACAGAAGUUCUUACAAGACAUGGAACAUUUUGGUUAUACACAACGCUUGCACUGCUGGGAGGUAUUCUGCUAGCAUUUAUCUUGCCAGAAACUAAAGGCAAAACCCUGGAGGAAGUCGAAGGUGUUUUUGCCAAGUCUUGGUGUGCUCAAGGUCCAAUUUUACCGUCCGUCAAAUCUAUACAGUAUGUCCACAUACGUGGUUUAAAUCGGGACGGAAGGGAGUCAGAACUGGAUUCUCCUUAGGAAUAACACAAUAAUGACAGCUGCACACUUUGGAACAGAUCUAUUUCUUCUUUUUAGCAGAGCCAGUAUUCCAUCUCCAAUAUUUGGCAGUUUAGUGGUAAAUAAUUAGAAAAAUUAAUGUUUUACAGAUCUGAUUCUCUCCCUCUCUCCCUCUCUCUCUCUCUUUCUCCUACUCUUUCAUCUUUUCUGUUUCCUCCUCUCUUUCUCUUUACAAUACUCAUUUACAUACAGUUGCACCCAGACACAGAUACACAUAUGCAAUGCAUGCAUACAUUUGCAGAUGUUCUCUUCUUUUGAAGGCCACACCAAAAACACACAUAGAGACACAUACAUGCACACACACAUAUAUAUAUAUAUAUAUAUAUAUAAUGUUGCUGAGUUGAGAUCUUUUGCAUCCCUGCCCUGAAUAACACACAAAAGUCAACAGCCAAGUACAUUAAUUAAUUUUACUCAAUAACAUGUAGUAUACACACACACAUAUGUAUAAACACUUAUAUACUUAAAUAUAUAUAUAUAUAUAUAUAUACACAAACGUACAUACAUACACACACACUCAGACAUAGAACACAUACACACAUACACACAUCCUAUAUAUUUGUAUACAUACACAUGAACAUACAUACACUCUCUUAGUAAGUAACAUGGUGUUUAAAAACCUGUUACACUGAUCAAAAUGUUCACCAAAGUUUUAUAAAAUAUAGAAUAUAGUGCUCCCAAUUAUUCACCGAUUAACCAACCAGCAACACAUUUAGCUUUGUCUAUUAAUUAGUUUUGAUGUAAUCAAUUGUUGAGUUAAUUAAUUGCUGUGAGAUAAACAGACUAUCAAAUGUUAGUUCGUACCACUGUUGGUAAACUAGACUGUAGUGAAAAAUUACAAAGAUUUAACAGCAAGUACAGUAAAAGCUAUGCUUUGCUGAUGAGGUCAGAAUAAGACCGAAACACGUCUGGAGUUGUCUCCCAUACUUUCUGGUAAUAAUAAAAAUAGUAUUAGUCAUGGACUAAUAUUGUUUUUUUUUCUCAACGUAUAAUUAUUUCUAGUUAGCUUUUUAAAGCUCUCACAUUAAAUUUGUUGACGCAAAUUUAAUAAUUAAAAGUUUUUUCCCAUGCUUUGACAUUUCUGAAGAAUAAAUAUCUUUGACUUCAUGUUUGAUAAAUCCAAUCAAACAAGUCUUCUGGAAGAUUCUGCAAACAGGUCCAUCUUCAGCAGUAAUCAUGACAAUAUGAUAGUUUCUGCUCCUGUUUCACUUGUUUCUGCUUCCAUGAUUAUUUUUAAAUGAUCAAUGUGUUUGCUUGUGGCCAUGUGUGUGCAUGUAUAUGUUCAUGUGUGUGUGUGUGUGUGUGUGUGUGUGUGUAUCAUUUGGAAUAAUAUACAAGUGAAGCAUAUUACAUUCCCAAAAGUUUGCAUCGGAAGAGUAUUCUUGUUAUAAAAGGAUUAAAAGAAGCCUAUAAGACAUAAUAAAAUAUGCUUAGAGUAAUGGCAUUUGUGUGCAAGAAAAACCAUAUAUCAUAAAAUCUGAUUAAUGUAUAUAUGUGUGUAAGGUGGCGAACUGGCAGAAUCGUUAGCACGCGGGGCGAAAUGCUUAGUGGCAUUUUGUCCAUCUUUAUGUUCUGAGUUCAAAUUCCACCAAGGUCGACUUUGCCUUUCAUCCUUUCAAGGUCGAUAAAAUAAGUACCAGUUGAACACUUGGGUGGUGGGGGGGGGCAUAUAAUUGGCUUAUUCCCUUUCUCAAAAUUGCUGGCCUUAUGCCAAAAUUUUAAAUCAAUAUAUAUGUGUGGGAGUGGGUGUGCACGGACAUAUUUGCGCAUGUGUAUGUUAUGUUAUGGCCAUCACUUGGAAUCAAGGCUGAUUUGGUAGCUUGUACCAUGCUUUUGCCAAAUGUUUUAGGUACCCAUGUAGUCACAUGCAGAUAUAGAUAGUGUCUCACACUCUCAAUUCCCCCACCCCUUGACUCAGGAUGAAAGGGACAGUUAACACACACACACACACUCACAUGUAUGUAUGUAUACACAUACAUUCAUACAUAUACUCAAAAAUUCACACACACACAUGCAUAAACACACACAAACACAAACACACACAUAGAUAAUUAAAAUUAAUUAAUCAAAGAAGGAGUGUUGAUGUUCAUGAUCUUUGUAGGCAUUCCCAGGCUGGCAAGAUCAAUGCAAAUGUUGCUUAUAUAUAAAUGUGUGUGUUACAUGUGUGUGUUACAUGUGUGUGUGUGUAUAUGUGUGUGUGUGUGCAUGUGUGUAUGUGCAUGCAUUUUAUGUGUGUGAGAGUGUGUGUGUGCAUGUGUGCAUGUGCAUGCAUUUUAUGUGUGUGAGUGUGUGUGUGUGUGCAUGUGUGUAUGUGCAUGCAUUUUAUGUGUAUGUGUGUGUGUGUGUGUGUGUAUGUGCAUGCAUUUUAUGUGUAUGUGUGUGAGUGCGUGCAUGUGUGUGUGUGUGUGUGUGUGUGUGUGUGUGUGUGUGUGUGCGUACUUUCCCAAAAUACACUCAUACACAUAGUCGAAUGAAGUCUGUGGUUUCAUUGGAUCAGUAGAAUUUGGAAGUUAGUAGAACUGCAUUAUUUCAUCACAUAUAUCACCAACCCACAUUAGAAUCUCACCAAAAAUACUAGGACACAAUUAGAUUUACACUUUCCACUUCAUUUACUGCUGCUCCUGUUACUACUGCUGCUGCUUCUGGCAUCUUUGUUUCAUCAUUUCUUUUAUUUAAUCUUCUUUCUUCUUCAAUCUCUUUCUUUGAUGGAGAUAGAGGGUAAGAGAGCAAGAGACUUAUAGUAAGAGAGAGAAGAAGAGGAGUUGAUAGAAGGAUUGAGAGAGAAUGGAGACAGAGACAGAGAGAAUGAAAACUGAAGAGAGAGAGAGGGGGGGGGAGAGUAGGAGGGAGAAGGUAGUAGCUGUGACAGAGGUAGUGGGAAAGAAAGUGAGUGAAGGUGCAAAAGUGAGAAUAUUUAGAGAGUAAGAGAAUGUGAGAGAGAAAGAAUUACAGAUGGAAUAUCCUGAAAAAGAGUGAGAGAGAAUUAAAGACAGAUAAAGAGUGAGAGAGAAGUAGAAGCAGAUAUAAAGAUGUAGAAAGAAUAUAGAGAGGAGGAGUGAUUUUUUAAAAUCUAGUCUUCUGUAUGAACAUAAUGUAUGUAAUAAUUGCUACUUAAUAUCUCUAUGUUAAACAUUGAUCAGGGAAUGACUGUAAUAUUGUGUUAAUAUGCAGAGAUGGUGGUGCUGGUGGUGCUGGUGUAACAUGGCAGUAGAUGUGGGUUAACAUCAUAGUAGUGGUGGGUUAAUGUCAUUAGUGUUGGUUAAUAUGAUGUCGGUGGUGUUGAGGUAAUAUAGCGGCUGUGGUCAGUUAACUUGUCAUUAUUUGUAGGUUAAUAUCUUCAAUGGUGGUAGGGUGGGGUAAUAUCUUGGUGGUGGUUGGAUAAUAUCUUGGUGAUGGUUAGAUGAUAUAGUGGUUGCAGCCAGUUAACCUGUUAAUAGACAGUGGGUUAACAUGGAAGUGGUGGUAUGGGACAACAUGUCAGUGGUGAUGGGGGCAACAUGUUUGUGGUGGUGAUAUGUUAACAUCAUAGUGAUCAGUUAACCUAUCAAUGGUAGUGACCAAGUAUGUGACAGAAGGUGCAGUAACAUGUCAGUGAUAGUGGGGUAAUAUGGCAGUUGUGGUCAGUUAACCUUUAAACAGUGAUGGGUUAACACGUGAAUGAUGUUGGGAUAAUAUAGCAGUUAUAGUC